AUGGCGUCUAGGUCCAGAUCUCCUUCGCGUGACCGCUACCGCUCUCGUACUCAAUCUCCAACACCCAGAUCCGACCGGUCGCGCUCACCAGUCCGGCGUCGGUCUCACGAUUCGCGCUCGCCGUCGCGUUCCCGAUCUCCAACCCCACGACGCAAUGGCAGGUACCGCAGUGAGAGUCGCAGUCGGUCUCGUGGAAGGAGUGGAAGCCCUGCUGCUAGAAGUACCAAGAUUGUUGUCGAGCGCUUGACCAAGAACAUCAAUGAAGGCCACUUGGAAGAGAUUUUUGGCCAGUUUGGCCCCAUUAAGGACCUCGACCUGCCUAUCAAUAGAACUCACGGCACCAAUCGAGGUACUGCCUACAUUCUUUACGAUCAUGAGGCCGAUGCGGAGGAGGCCAUUGCACACAUGCACGAGGCGCAAAUUGAUGGCGCAGUGAUCAACGUUUCCAUCGUCCUCCCCCGGCGCAAGCUUUCCCCGCCGCCUCCUAUGGCCCGCCGAGGAGCAGGCUACGAUCCCAGACUCCCUCCGCCUGGUGCUCGAGGCGGUGGCAGGCAGUCGGGCGCCCCUUAUGCCGGGGGCUCAGGUCCCGGAUCCUUUGGCCAGAACGGCCCCCGUCGUGGUGGUGCAUCGCCUCCACCGGGUCGCCGUGGGCCCAGAUCAGAUACCUACCGACCGCGGUCUUUGUCUCGUUCGCCAACUAGAUCCCCAAUGGCUGCACCGCCGUCUAGAGGAGGAGGAGGGGGGGGAGCAGGAGGCAGCAGAUACAGAAGUCGAUCCAGAUCCUACUCUAGAUCUCGGUCGCCUCCUACAAGACGCGGAGGUGGUGGACGAGGCAACGAACACCGAAGAAGAAGUCCGAGCCGAGACAGCUACGAUAGCUAUGACAGCCGUCGAACUCGGUCUCCCAGUCGCAGCCGGGACCGCGGUCCUCGCGGUGGUGGACGGCCUUACCGAUGA